AUGACUCCAGAGAUGGUGCUGCAUUGUGAGAGUUGUUGGAGAAAAACGAUGAUCCGCACCGUGGCGCUAGUGUUUAUUCAGGUCGUAGCGACAGCAAUGGCCGCUCCGAUCGCCUUGCCUGGUUGCCCGGAGACCUGCGGCGACAUCACCAUCCCUUACCCGUUCGGUACCCGCCAAGGCUGCUACCGACAGGGCUUCGACCUCACGUGCGACGAGACACGCCAUCCGCCGAAGCUGUCUGUGGGCGGCGGCGGCGGCGCGGAGGUCGUCGGCAUCUCGAUUCCGGACGGCAUGGUGCGGAUCCGCACCAAGAUGCUCGACACGAGCGCUCUGCAGCAGCUCAACGGCUCGUGGUCCGCCGGCCUGAGGCCCGACGGCCCCCUGGCGCUGUCAGCCAGGCACAACCGCUUCGUCGCCAUGGGGUGCAACCUCCUCGCCAAUCUCGUCGCGCACGACACCUUCUACGCCGACAACAUCCGCAUUGGCGUCUGCGCGGCGCUGUGCGUGGCCCGCACCGCGCUGCGGCCGGGGGACUCCUCCACCACCUCCUCAUGCUCCGGCGUCGGUUGCUGCCAGACGCCCGUUGCGCAGGGCCUCCCCUACUACACCAUCGAGCUGAACGAUCUGGCCCAGCGACCUGCUGCCGCCUCCCCGGUACCGGUAGUGCACGGAGCCGCGUUCAUCGCUGACGGGGAGUGGUUCAGAGGCCAGCAGACUGCGCUCCAGCUCAACUUCCUCCACGAUCCAAGGAAGGUGGUAGAUUCCACCGUAGUUCCGACGGUUUUGGAAUGGUCGCUGAGUAUGCGCGGCGAUGAGGACCUCUUCGUGGAGGAUACCAGUGUCUCUCAGUGGAAGAGAUGCAUUAGCGUGAAUAGCGUCAUCGUCGAAGACGUAGAAGGAAAUGUUUUCGGCCUGGCACGGUGCAACUGCUCGAGUGGAUAUGAGGGGAACCCCUACCUCGCCGAUGGAUGUCAAGAUAUUGAUGAAUGCCAGAGGCCAAAUGUUUAUCCAUGCCUGCAAGGAACCUGCAUUAAUAUGCCAGGGACAUACCAAUGCGCAACAAGGAAAAGUAUCAGCAGCCUUCCAGGUUUAAUUACCGUAAUUGCAAUAAGUGCUGGCUUUGGCGUACUGUUUUCACUUCUGGGUAUUACCAAAAUAACCAACAAACUCAAGAAACGAAAAGCAAAGAAGCUGGGACAAAAGUUUUUCAAGAAAAAUCAUGGAUUGCUUCUACAACAGUUAAUCUCUUCAAACAAAGAUAUAGCAGAAAGAACUAGGAUUUUCAGUUUGCAAGAGCUUGAGCAAGCAACGAACAAAUUUGACAAGAAUCGGAUCAUUGGUGGUGGUGGCCAUGGCAUGGUGUAUAAAGGAAUCUUAUCUGAUCAGCGUGUUGUGGCCAUCAAGAAGGCUAAAAUUGCCAUUGAAAGGGAAAUCAACCAGUUCAUAAAUGAGGUUGUAAUACUUUCACAGACUAACCAUAGGAAUGUGGUGAAGCUCUUUGGCUGCUGCCUUGAGACAGAAGUUCCUCUACUAGUUUAUGAGUUCAUAUCAAAUGGAACUCUCUCAAAUCAUCUUCACGGCCAACUUAAGAACCCUUUGUCAUGGAAAGAUAGGCUGAGGAUGGCACUGGAAACUGCAAGGGCAAUUGCAUACCUACACAGUGCUGCUUCCAUAUCAGUGUAUCAUAGAGAUAUCAAAUGUGCAAAUAUACUUCUUUCUGAUACUUUAACAGCAAAAAUAUCUGAUUUUGGAGCUUCAAGGUCAAUUGCAGUAGAUGACACAGGAAUACUGACAGCCGUUCAGGGGACUUACGGUUACCUUGAUCCUGAAUACUACUACAGCAGUCGACUCACAGAGAAGAGCGAUGUUUACAGCUUUGGAGUAAUACUCGCGGAACUACUAACAAGGGUGACACCAGUUUUUUCUGCUCAUUCGUCAGAAAGAACAAGCCUAGCAUCACAUUUUGUAUCACUGAUAAGAGACAAUCGCUUGUCAGAUAUUCUGGAUCCACACAUUGUUGAUGAGGGAGGUGCUAGAGAAGCUGAAGUUGUUGCAAGAAUUGCGGAAGCAUGCUUAUGCUUAAAAGGUGAAGAAAGGCCUACAAUGAGGCAAGUGGAGACAGCACUUGAAGAUGUGCAGAACUCAAGGGUCCAACUCAUUUCUCAGAUUACGAGAGUGAACCAGAAUGGUAUAAAUGAACAGCCAUACAAGGAAAGCAAAGACGGUGAAGGAACUAGACUGUACAGCUUGGAAAAGGAGCUUAUCCAGUCAUCUGAAAUUCCAAGAUAA